AUGGAGAUCAACCCCGCCGUCACCUUCAAGCACGACCGCUCUAUUAUGUAUGCAAAGCGACCCAAGGUUCUCAUUGUUGGAGCUGGUCUCGGAGGUCUGACCUUGGGCAUGCUUCUGCACAAGGCCAAUAUCCCUUUCGAGAUCUAUGAACGUGCCGCUGUGGUCAAGCCCCUUGGAUCGGCAAUGUUCUUCAACAGCACCACCGCCCCUUUGUUCAAGCAAUGUGGAAUCUACGACGAGUUCCUCUCUAUCGGGAAAUACCUCUCUGGAGCCAACAUGUGCACCGAGGAUCGAAAAAUCGCCUUCAGAUUGAGUUUUGCAGGUCAUGAAGAGGUAUUUGGCGCCAAGGGAUACAUUGUCGCCCGCCCUCAGUUGUAUGACCUGAUUUUGCGCCAGAUCCCUACCGAACGUAUCCACAUGAACAAAAAGGUCCUGACCAUGGAACAAGGCGGCAACGGGGUCCUCGUUCGAUUCAGCGAUGGAACCGAGGCUGAGGGAGACAUUCUUGUCGGAGCUGACGGCGCCUACAGUGCUGUUCGUCAGAACCUCUAUGACAAGCUGAAGAAGGAAAGCAAGUUGUCAGCGACCGACGCUUUGCCCCUUCCCUUCAGCACUGUCUGCAUUCUCGGCCAGACUCGUCCUCUCACCCCCGAACAGUUCCCAGAUCUUGGAAGAGAGGAGUCUGUAUCCUCCCGGGUCAUAGGCGCAGACAAGAUGUAUUCUUGGGAUACAUUCACCACCGCCCAAAACACCGUGUGUUGGGAUGCUGUGUUGUACCUCGACGAAAAUACAAGCAAGGACAACGAUACAUUCCGUAAUUCGGAGUGGGGACCUGAGGCUGCGAUGGCAAUGUGUAAGGAGGUCAAGGAUUUCCCUGUAGUCAGUGGAGGUGACAAGAAGCUCACUCUGGGAGACUUGUUCGAAUGGUCUGACAAGGAUCUUAUCUCCAAGGUCAUGUUGGAAGAGAAAGUCUUCAAGACUUGGUAUAGCUGCCGGACAGUACUCAUCGGCGAUGCGUGCCACAAGAUGAGUCCUUCCGGCGGUGCUGGCGCAUCGAAUGCUAUGCACGAUGCCAUUGCAUUAGCAAACCGCAUCAACGGCCUCCCAUUCCAUCCUACUGCCGAUGAGAUCGAGACUGUCUUUAAAGAGUACCAGAACGAGCGAGUUGGAUGGGUCAAUGCAGCUUUUGAGAACAGCAAGAUGAUGCGAAACAUGGUCGGACAGUCGAUGUCUUCAAAAAUCACACGGGCCAUCAUCAAACGCCUCCCAACGUGGGUCAUGCGGAAAAUGGAGACACAGCAAUACUGCCACCGCCCUCAGGUCGCGUUCUUGCCUCUCGUAGAAGACAAGGGGACAUUCCGACCAGGACCUCAGCCAAGCUUGGCUUCCAAGGCACCUCAAGAAAAGGAAACGGCGGACUCGAUUGCCAGCGAAACGCGGCAAACGACAACUAGUGUUUAA